GGUGCCCUACGGUGGCCGGCGCGGCGGCGGUCGCGUGACGGCCCGGCCGGGCGCUGCUCGCCAAGAUGGCGGACGAGGAGGGCGAAGCGCGGCCGCGCUCGGCGGCGCCGCCCCGGGACGGCGGCGGGGAGGGGGCCCCGGCGGGCCCCGGCGGGCCCCGCGUCGUCCGCAUCGUCAAGUCGGAGUCCGGCUACGGCUUCAACGUGCGCGGUCAAGUGAGCGAAGGCGGGCAGCUGCGGAGCAUCAACGGCGAGCUGUACGCCCCGCUGCAGCAUGUCAGCGCCGUGCUGGGCGGCGGGGCGGCCGACCGCGCCGGGGUGCGCAAGGGGGACCGCAUCCUGGAGGUGAACGGGGUGAACGUCGAAGGAGCCACACACAAGCAAGUGGUGGACCUGAUCCGCGCGGGCGAGAAGGAGUUAAUCCUGACGGUGCUGUCGGUGCCUCCCCACGAGGCGGAUAACCUGGAUCCCAGCGACGACUCCUUGGGGCAGUCCUUCUAUGACUACACGGAGAAACAGGCCGUGCCCAUCUCCAUCCCCACGUACAAGCACGUGGAGCAGAACGGCGAGAAGUUUGUGGUGUACAACGUUUACAUGGCGGGCCGGCAGCUCUGCUCCAAGCGGUACCGGGAAUUCGCCAUCCUGCACCAGAACCUGAAACGGGAGUUUGCCAACUUCACCUUCCCGCGCCUGCCGGGGAAGUGGCCGUUCUCCCUGUCGGAGCAGCAGCUGGAUGCCCGGCGGCGAGGGCUGGAGGAAUACCUGGAGAAAGUGUGUUCCAUACGUGUCAUUGGGGAGAGCGACAUCAUGCAGGAGUUCCUGUCGGAGUCGGACGAGAACUACAACGGUGUCUCGGAUGUGGAGCUCCGGGUGGCGUUACCAGACAUCACAACCGUGACAGUACGAGUGAAGAAGAACAGCACGACAGACCAGGUGUACCAGGCUGUGGCUGCCAAGGUUGGGAUGGACAGUAUUACUGCAAACUACUUCGCCUUGUUUGAAGUGAUCAAUCACUCCUUCGUGCGCAAACUGGCGCCCAACGAAUUCCCCCACAAACUGUACGUGCAGAACUACACCUCGGCGGUGCCGGGGACGUGCCUGACCAUCCGGAAAUGGCUCUUCACCACAGAGGAGGAGGUUCUUCUCAACGACAACGACCUGGCAGUCACCUACUUCUUCCAUCAGGCUGUUGAUGAUGUCAAGAAAGGCUACAUCAAAGCAGAGGAGAAGUCCUACCAGUUACAAAAGCUGUGUGAGCAGAGAAAGAUGGUCAUGUAUUUAAACAUGUUACGGACGUGUGAGGGCUACAACGAGAUCAUCUUCCCCCACUGCUCCUGUGACUCCCGGCGGAAGGGGCACGUCAUCACAGCCAUCAGCAUUAAGCACUUUAAACUCCACGCCUGCACCGAGGAGGGGCAGCUGGAGAACCAGGUAAUAGCAUUCGAAUGGGACGAGAUGCAGCGGUGGGACACGGACGAGGAGGGAAUGGCCUUUUGUUUCGAAUACACGCGAGGAGAGAAGAAACCCCGAUGGGUUAAAAUCUUCACCCCCUAUUUCAACUACAUGCACGAGUGCUUCGAACGGGUUUUCUGCGAGCUGAAGUGGAGGAAGGAGGUGGAGGAGGAGGCAGCAGACAAGGAUAACAGGAACUGCAGUAAAGACAAUAUGUGCAGCAAGAACAUCUUUCAGAUGGUCAGGUCACAGCAGAGGGACGCGGCCACUUAGCCCCCCCCACCCGGACGAACGCAGCCCCCCCCCCAUUAACACUUAAAAUUCUGUUAUUGUAUUAAAGCCCUUAAACUAAAUAUUAUUAAUAAUAAUACCAUUUGUGAACUUCAUGUUUAUGGCAUUAAGCAACUGGGAUAAACGGCAGGAUGGACCGAGGAAGGAGGGACAACGUGGAUGGCAGCGGAGCCGCCGCGGGCUUCGGGGCCUCGUGUGGACGAUGGAUUGUGCUGGAGCUGGAACCAUGGACACGUGUGUGAACCCCCCCAGAACCAGGACAAACCCCACAUGGAUCCGGGUCUUUGCCACGCUCCCAGCGGUGGCUGCACCUCUCAAAGGUGUCCUCACACGCGUCCCCCCCACCCAGCGUGGGGCCUGAACACUGACUCCAGAGGACGACUAAAACAGCGGAGGAAAAAGGAAAGAAGCAAAAAGAGAAGGAAUGUUACAGGGAAACACCUCUCCCGGCACAAGGACCUCUCCACUGUUACAAGCUCUUGAUUUGCUGAUUUUCCCCGUGUUUUCGGUUGGGUUCUGGGUGUUUUCAUGUGGACUCGGGGAGCACAGCGGCGUUCCUGGGAUGGGCUCCUGGGGCCGGAGCCGGGUGAUGGGCUCAGGCUCCUCCAUGUGC